ACCGCGACCAUGCUGGCCUCAGGACUCCUCCUGGUGGCUACAGUGGCCUUCCUCAGUGUCCUGGUCCUGAUGUCUGUCUGGAAACAGAGGAAGCUCUCAGGAAAGCUACCUCCGGGACCCACCCCACUGCCCUUCAUCGGGAACUUUCUUCAGCUGAACACAGAGCAAAUGUACAACUCUCUCAUGAAGAUCAGAGACCGUUACGGACCUGUAUUCACCAUCUACCUGGGACCUCGCCGAAUUGUGGUGCUGUGUGGACAGGAGGCAGUCAAGGAGGCUCUGGUGGACCAAGCUGAGGAAUUCAGUGGGCGGGGCGAGCAGGCUACCUUCGACUGGCUUUUCAAAGGCUAUGGCGUAGCCUUCAGCAGCGGGGAGCGAGCCAAACAGCUAAGGCGCUUCUCCAUCGCCACGCUGCGGGACUUCGGAGUGGGCAAGCGUGGCAUCGAGGAGCGCAUCCAAGAGGAGGCGGGCUUUCUCAUCGACUCAUUUAGGAAAACGAACGGUGCUUUCAUCGACCCCACCUACUAUCUGAGCCGAACAGUCUCCAAUGUCAUUAGCUCAAUCGUCUUCGGGGACCGCUUCGACUAUGAGGACAAAGAGUUCUUGUCACUGCUUAGAAUGAUGCUGGGAAGUUUCCAGUUCACAGCGACCUCUAUGGGGCAGCUCUAUGAGAUGUUCUCUUCUGUGAUGAAACACCUACCAGGGCCCCAGCAACAGGCCUUUAAGGAGCUGCAGGGGCUGGAGGACUUCAUAACCAAGAAAGUGGAGCACAACCAGCGCACGUUGGAUCCCAAUUCCCCAAGGGACUUCAUCGACUCCUUCCUUAUCCGAAUGCUGGAGGAGAAGAAGAACCCCAAUACUGAGUUCUACAUGAAGAAUUUGGUGCUGACGACACUAAAUCUCUUCUUUGCUGGCACAGAGACCGUCAGCACCACCCUGCGCUAUGGCUUUCUGUUGCUCAUGAAGCACCCGGAUGUUGAAGCCAAGGUCCAUGAGGAGAUUGAUCGGGUGAUUGGCAGGAACCGGCAGCCCAAGUAUGAGGACCGAAUGAAGAUGCCCUAUACAGAGGCUGUAAUCCACGAGAUCCAGAGAUUUGCAGACAUGAUCCCCAUGGGCCUAGCUCGCCGGGUCACCAAGGACACCAAGUUUCGAGAGUUCCUCCUCCCCAAGGGUACUGAAGUGUUUCCUAUGCUGGGCUCUGUGCUGAGAGACCCCAAGUUCUUCUCUAACCCCAAUGACUUCAACCCAAAGCACUUCCUAGAUGACAAUGGACAGUUUAAGAAGAGUGAUGCCUUUGUGCCCUUUUCCAUUGGAAAACGGUAUUGUUUCGGAGAAGGACUGGCUAGGAUGGAACUCUUUCUCUUCCUCACAAACAUCAUGCAGAACUUCCGCUUCAAAUCCCCACAGGCACCCCAGGACAUUGAUGUGUCUCCUAGACUUGUGGGCUUUGCCACGAUCCCACCAAACUACACUAUGAGUUUCUUGUCCCGUUGAGCCAGGGCUGUAUGAGGGUAAAGGGAAGGAUUGAGAUCAGACAAAUGGGGAGUUGAAACUUAGAAAGGGUGAGAGGUACAGAAGAAACAGAGGACACAAUGUAGACUUGCAGAAGGUAUU